AAAAGAACGCCGAUUUGAUGGGGAGCAGAACCUAAUAGAGCUCGGCAACCUUCGGUGUUUUCCGUUGGGGCCCGGCCGCCAUUUUCUCGCUCCCUCUCUUUACUCGUUAGCUGCGCGGCUCCCUGCCCUGGUCGCCAGCGCUUUGUCCUGUUCGGCGAUGGACGGCAUUGUUACUGAUGUUGCAGUUGGUGUGAAGAGAGGAUCUGACGAACUUCUUUCAGGCAGUGUACUCAAUAGCCCGAACUCUAAUAUGAGCAGCAUAGUAGUUACUGCCAAUGGUAACGACAACAAGAAAUUCAAGGGUGAAGAUAAAAUGGAUGGGACUCCUUCUCGUGUUCUUCAUAUCAGGAAAUUACCAGGAGAAGUGACAGAAACAGAAGUUAUUGCUUUGGGCUUACCUUUUGGUAAGGUAACCAACAUUCUUAUGCUGAAAGGAAAAAAUCAGGCUUUUUUAGAGCUGGCAACAGAAGAAGCUGCUAUUACUAUGGUAAAUUAUUAUUCUGCCGUGACACCACAUCUUCGCAAUCAACCUAUAUAUAUUCAGUAUUCAAAUCAUAAAGAAUUAAAGACUGAUAAUACACUUAAUCAGCGAGCUCAAGCUGUCCUACAAGCAGUAACUGCUGUACAGACAACAAAUACUCCCAUAAGUGGAACUACAGUUAGCGAGAGUGCAGUCACUCCAGCUCAGAGUCCAGUUCUUAGAAUAAUUAUUGACAACAUGUAUUACCCAGUAACCCUUGAUGUUCUUCACCAAAUAUUCUCUAAAUUUGGUGCAGUCUUGAAAAUAAUUACUUUCACAAAAAACAACCAGUUUCAAGCAUUGUUACAAUAUGGUGACCCUGUAAAUGCCCAGCAAGCAAAGCUUGCAUUAGAUGGUCAGAAUAUUUAUAAUGCUUGCUGUACCUUACGGAUUGAUUUUUCCAAAUUGGUCAACUUGAAUGUAAAGUAUAAUAAUGAUAAAAGUAGAGAUUACACUCGUCCUGACCUUCCAUCUGGUGAUGGUCAACCAGCUUUGGAUCCAGCAAUUGCUGCUGCAUUUGCAAAGGAGACUUCACUUCUAGGGCUUCCUGUUGCAGCUGUUCCAGGAGCGCUGAGUCCAUUGGGAAUUCCAAAUGCUGCGGCGGCAGCAGCGGCGGCGGCGGCUGGCCGUGUGGGUAUGCCUGGAGUUUCAACUGGUGGCAAUACAGUCCUUUUGGUUAGCAAUUUAAAUGAAGAGAUGGUUACGCCCCAAAGUCUGUUUACCCUCUUCGGUGUUUAUGGGGAUGUACAACGAGUGAAGAUUUUAUACAAUAAGAAAGACAGUGCUCUUAUACAGAUGGCUGAUGGAAACCAGUCACAGCUUGCUAUGAGCCAUCUUAAUGGGCAGAAAAUGUAUGGCAAGAUUAUUCGUGUCACUCUUUCCAAACAUCAAACAGUUCAGCUACCUCGAGAAGGUCUGGAUGACCAAGGAUUAACAAAGGAUUUUGGCAAUUCACCUCUUCAUCGUUUCAAGAAGCCUGGUUCAAAAAACUUUCAAAAUAUUUUUCCCCCAUCUGCAACUCUUCAUUUAUCUAAUAUUCCACCGUCAGUAUCAGAAGAUGACCUGCGCAUGUUGUUUGGUAAUACUGGAGGCACUGUGAAAGCAUUUAAAUUUUUUCAAAGAGAUCACAAGAUGGCCCUUCUUCAGAUGUCAACAGUAGAAGAAGCUAUCCAGGCUUUGAUUGAUCUGCAUAAUUACAAUCUUGGAGAAAAUCAUCAUCUGAGAGUUUCUUUUUCCAAAUCAACCAUUUGAAGUGAGAUAUCAAAAUAAUAAGGUUGUGUCACAUUGUUUAGUGUUGUCAUCUAUGACUGUUCGGGAAAGCGGGGACCAGAGAUGGACAUCUGUUUUUCAUGCUGUUAUCAUUCCUUGAUUGUUUAUGUAUAAAUGAAAUGAAAAAGGAUUUGCAAGGAAGAAGCAGUGAUAUUAUCUGCUGGUUUUGCAUAUGUUUAUGAAACCAUUUUGUUUAAAGGGGAUUCUGAGGAAAUCCCAUAGUUUUUCAACUUAGUUAACAUACGUGCCUUAAAGAAGGAAAACUUAGAGUUGCAUUUACUAGUUAAAAAUUUGGUUGUUUGGGGCACAUUAUAUGGGAAUUAAUAGGUGCAGUCCAGUGAACGUUAGGCUUGCAUUUAUUCCAUUGAAAUCCAAGAAUUAGAACAUUGAUUUCAGGAGGAAUUUGUUGCACCUAACUUCUGCAGGAUUAUGCCAAAUAUGUAUUAGGCAAGAGUGUGUAAAAAGGGUUAAGCUUUUUUUUCUGUUUGGGAUUUAUCAGUUUUCCAUGAAACAUUUUUAAAACAAAAUCAGUUGUUCUUCUCGAAGAGAAAUGCAGCGUAUUAUUUUUUUUCUCUCAGUAAAAAUGGCCUUUGUAUUUCAGAUUUAGUUUAGUUGAAAAUAUAGGAUUUAGUCAGAACUACAAAGAUGCAAAGAGUUAAUUUCUUUAAAAGUCUGAAAGUGAUUCUUCUGUUUUUUUUUGUUAGUUCCUGUGGCUUUUAGCCUCAGUGAAAAAAAGAGUUGUAUAAAGUCUUAACCUUUUUGUAAACACACUCUGGGGCGAAUCAUAUAAAUGUUGGCACUAAGUAAUGUCUUGUUUGUGGCUGAAUAUUUUUUGUAGAUGUUUUUUGAAGUUGACAUAACUUACAUGCAUUUAAAUAUAUAUUGCCAUUUUUAGUUAGUAAUUACAAUUUGAAAUAUGGUUGUGGAUUUCUGAGCAUGUUCAGACUGGUCUAGCUAGUUCAGGAGUUGGUGCAUGUAUUUCAAGGAUGAAGAAAAUGUAUUGCAAACUUUUGCAGAAAGAUUAAUAAUUUUUUGGCAGUUUUCUUUAUAAAAAAAAACAAAAAACUGACAACCAGGUGGGACCAAAGUUUAUGUGCCUUUAGUCUUAAUUUACCUUGCAUUGUAAUAUUCAGUUUUAAUAAAUCUCUUCAAAAUAUUUUAUAUCUAGAAAUGGAUCUGCCUUUACUAUAAACAUGGCUCAGAAUCUACAGGAAAAAAUAAUUCAUUUGGAAACAGUUCCUCUAUCAAUCUGGGCUGUUUUACUGAUUCUGUUCAAAUGACCAAUACUUUUUGCAAUUGAUGUAUUUAGUUCCAAAAGUCAUAGAUUAUGUUAUCUAUGUAGAAAAAGGUCAUGUAUAUUUUCUAUUAGUUGAGUUUUUACAUCUUUAGAAAUGUAAUAUUUCAGUAUAGUUUGAAAGCGGCACAAUUAAAAAUUAAUUUUCUAACAAAGUUGGGAGGUUUGAUGGUUGUUUAAUUUCUUCUUAUGUGUACGCUGCUUGCCUCUGUAGCAUGCUCAAUAAACACUUCUGUAGCUCUGUAUUCACCUCUUCUGUCUUUCUCUGCUGCCUUUUCUCUCUUUUCUUCUUUUUUCCCCACUUCCACUGUGCUUUUGAAUUCAUGUUUAUUCUCUGCCAGGGUGGGAAAAGCAUAAUAAUCUGAUUUUUUUUAAACUUCUGUAUAUAAAAAACAAAUGCUGUGGAAAGAAAUAAUACUUUGGACAGCAUACAUACUUUAUACAUUUGGAAGUUUAACCACUUCACUUAUAGAAAUGGAUUUUAAACAUUUCCCACCCUGUUAUAUAAUCUUUAGCUUUAAAGACAUAACUUUUUAUCGUACCUUGUAAGUUCUAUCUUUUUUGUUUUUAAAAUAGAUUUAUGCACUAAUUAACUUUUCAGAUUUGUCAUGCUUCUGCUGCAGUUUCAUCUUCCAUUUUCUGUGUCUGCUAAAAAAGCCUUUCCACUAAUCACAGGUAUUACUUGGGUUAAACAAAACUGUCAAAUUGCUCAAUGGAGGGAGGGGAAAUAGGAGAAAAAAAACAGACAAACCUUGUCAACUGCUAAAUACAACUAAAAGGUGCUGAAUACGUUAUCCUACUAGUUUUACACUAGUUCAGAUUCUAAUCAUAUAUCUAUCUAUCUUCAAUUAUUUUUCCGAGAACUAUAUUUAACAAUUUAUUUUAAAGCUUGAUUUUUGCCUUUUUAUCUGAUCUAAAUCUCAAUAUCCAAUCAUGUGUGAUUGGGAUAUAUUAAUUUUACUUGGGUCUAGCUUACAAUUUUAUACUAAAAUGAAACAAAUUCAUGUUUACAUAACAGCAUAUCAGUGACUUGUUUGAAGCUCUUCAGGAAACUUAAACUAAUAAUUUAAAUUCAAACAUUUUAAUGAAUCAUUUUACAUGAACUCAAAGACAAUAUCAAGGACUUUUAAACAUAAUUAUUCCCUAGGUACAUGCCAGAACUCAUUCACUUGUGUAGGAAGAUAUAAUCCCAAUUAAUAACUUAACCAGUCUUCAUAUAUGCCUGUGAACAGAAUUUGAGGAAGGGCGGGAGGGGGGGAUUACCUUCACCAGAAAUGAUGCAGUAUUUGCAGUUAAAUAUCUACAUUAAAAGUGUUGUGUACUUCAAUUUUUUACCUUUCAAAAAAGAUUAGGUAAUUUAUAAUAAAGAGCAGACAUUAAUGUAAACUGUACAUGAUGUUCAAAGAAUGUGGUAUAAAAGGCUUCUUUUGUCAUUUAACGUAUUUGGAAAAGCAGCUCUCUCACAUGACAAGCUGCUUUGCAUUAUUCAGUAGACUGGAUUGCUUAUAGGAGAAAAGACGAGUGGUAUACUGCAGAGUCACUUAGCUUUGCAAAAUGGAUGUGGAUGUGGAGUGAACCCAUGGCAUUCAUUCCGCAGUAUUCCUGUUAGGUACACUCU